CGUAGUCAUAAGGCUGUGAGAUCGAAUGUUUACAGUCAACUAUUGAUUUGCGAGGAGUUGAUCAAUUUUAAGUAACUGCUUGUCUGUGAAAAAUGUGGAAUGUAAACGCAGAUGAUAUGAUGAAUUUUGUACCUGACGUUUUAUCACGAGGAAGAAAAAAGAAAAAUGUUUAUCUGUGAUGACGAAUUUAUUAAUGGAAAGUGUAAAGGAAAACGAAUAGAUAAGAUACAUUUAAAUAUGUAUGUAGUAGCAUACCGUAUUGAUAUAAUACCAGUUGAUGGUUGAAAUAAGCAAACAGAAAAUCGAAAUACAAUGUCUUCCGAUGGACAUACUUUAACAAUGUCGACGCCAACUACGAAUACGUCAAAUCUGACGUCAACGCUUACCAGUAACGAUGACGAUUCAGCGGAUGAAUGGAUGAACACGACACCACGGAUUGUGUUUCUUUCCGUCUUCAUUUGUGUCGGAUUUUUUGGAAAUUUGUUGUUAAUUAUUACAGUAUGCCAGUCGAAGAGUUUUCGGAAUAAAUCGUUCUUCGUAUUCGUUAUAAAUCUAGCGGUCGUUAACAUUUUUGAGUGCUCGAUAAAUAUGUCCAUAUUACUGGCCACCAGUAUCCUAAACGAAUGGACGUUUGGGUACUCUGCAUGUAAAAUGAGUUCUUUUUGUUUGAGCUUAAUUCUCAUAGAAACUAUUCUUGGAUUAACUAUAACAACUAUUGACAGAUUCGUCGCGGUGCGUUUUAAAGAAAAUUACGGAACUGUAAUUUCGAACUCUAGAAUUGCAGUAUUAAUUACAGUAACAUGGGUACAAUCAUUUUCGUUCAGUGUCCCAAUUGCUGUUGGCAAAGUAAAUUCAAACGUCAAUAACUAUAUCAUGGUGUGUGCGGUUUCAAAAGGGAGUUCUAUUGUGUAUAACAUCAUUACCGUAGCUCUUUGUUUUCUUCUACCAUUUAUUUUGAUCACUGUAUUUUUCAUAAAAAUAAUUAGAACUGGGUACAAAGAGAGAUUCAAUAUUCGGAACGCUACGGCGCAACAAAGUUAUAACGAGGAAUUUACUGAUGAGCCGCAGUUGAAACAAGACAUACGUCACGCUGGCGUAACUGGUACGUUAUGCAUCGCGUGGCUGAUUUUGGAAGGUCCUCAUGUGGUGACGUCAUAUUAUUCCCAAUUAACGAGUAGCCAAGAAGUACAGGAUUUGACGUCAGAACAAUUACGUUACGUGUGGUACGUAGACCUUGUGUUACUAUGGUUACGUUUCAGCUACGCCAUGGCUCUUCCAAUCACUGCAUUCACGUGGAAUAAAGAACUUUGGAAAUGUUUUAAAGACUUUAUUCUUUGUCGAAAGAACAAUUCAGUUAUUGACGAGUCUUUCAAAAAAGCGGUUAGUGAUACACUCAGACUUGAUAGAAAGAUUCGAGAAGAGAAAAUGAAGGAAAAGGAAUCCAUAUUGCCUCAAAGAGAUCAGCGUGUGUUUCAAGUUCCUGUACUUUUUGCAACGUCACACGGCGUUCACGUUAAGACGUUUGAUGAUGAUGAGGAAUCGGAUGCAGAAACAGACGACAACAGUAACAAAACUGGAACGCUUAAAGGGAAGAAAUGUGACGUCAUCGGUUCACGUAAUAAUUUGAAUAAUGUUGAAGAUGAUACAAGUGACUAUGAUUCUGGUAAUGAAAUUGAUCCGUUCUCCGUUUCACAUCCUAUUUCCGUGCGGCAUAUUAAUGAAACUGGUCUCUCAGACAGAAAACGUUCCCUCUCUGAGCCGGAGGUCAGAGAAAAGGGCACUUCCGGUGGAAAACGCAAAACUGAUGACGUCAAAAAUAACGUCAGCGCUACUACAGAUGGUGAUUCUGGAUUAGACCUAAGCACGUUACCAGGUAGCAAUUCAAAUUCGUGCAAAAGUACGUUUCACGUGCCUUGUGACAAACUUAUGUUACAGAAUACUCAGCAAUUACAGACUGAGAUUUUAGAACCAUCGGCGUUUAAAACACAUGGGAUCAACAAGCAAUCAAACAGUGAUACUCAAAAUUAUUCCGAAUUACCUCUUCCGCUUGUUGACAAUCAAAACGAACAUUCAACAAGUCAACGCGAGAAUGAAAACGAGGUCCAUAAUUGUGAUAAAUCAUCCACAUAUACCUCACCCAAAAAGAAGAAGUCUCCUAAAGGAGUUGACCAAGCAAUAAACAACACAGAUUCACCCCUUCCUAAACGCAAGAAGAAAAAACGUCGUGACAAAGCGUUUGAUUCGCAAAGCAUAACGUCAAUGACGUCGAACUGUUCAUCAAUACCUCCCCGACCCCCUCCAAGGUUGGCUCCAAUAUCAAACGCUUUUGGGGUCAAAAGUUUAUACUCGAAUACCGGCAGGCCGGGUUCAAGUUGCUCUAGCCAGUGCUCAAUUUUGGACAACAAUUUUGACGCGCAAACUUCCCUUCGUAGUGACAGUGUAACGGAUAUCGCGAAAACUGAUGUCAUGUCAUUCGAUAACGUUUCGGUGUCGUCAUUUAACAUGCACAGGGGCGGGAAAUCCAGUAAGUUUCGUCAGUGUGCGAUAUCAGAAAAUGGGGUUGAAUCUCUUCAGCUGGACUGUAAGAGAGAAAUAGAAAGCGUACCAGAGGAAAUUCUUACUCCUAGUGACGUUCGGCCAUUAGAAAAGGGCGUAUCCGAAACGAAUGUCAAAUCCGAAAACAUGAACACUUCUUAUAACGGUAUCGUUAAUGGUGGGUUUGAGAAAGAUUCCGACGAAGAUGGAUCACCAGUACGAAAAGAGGCGACGCCAACGACCUCGCGGAACACCGAAGCCCGGCGGAAAAGACGGGAAAAGCUCAGCGCAACCAGAGACAAAUUAAGCCAUGGCGCUUUGCUUACUGACGGACAUGGAUACCAGCGGCUCGUUCCGGAAACACCAUAGACCAAGAACGACGCUGGACCGUUUAAAGCCAUCGUCGGAGCCCAUGAGUAUUAUUCCGAUAUACAUGUAUCUACAGCGAGGGUCCUUUACGACACGAAUAGCCUUUGUACCGGUUAUGUUUAAAACCAACAUAGACACCCGGUCAAAUGUGCAUGUAAAACAACAGAUCCUGCACACUCACUACGUUUCUCAGGCGUGAAAGUCGGACUUGCAAUAAUCAAUUUCUGUUUUUAAUCAACCGAAACAGAAUCAUACAAGAACAAAACAAGUUGGAAUGGAACUGCGUGCCGUUUAUUGAAUAUUUUGGUUUUCUUGUUUGUCUUAAAAUGGUUGUAAUUUUAGUUUUCACUGAUUGUAGCAUGAAAUGCGUGUUUGAGUAUUGAACUCAUUUGGAGUUGUAUUUCAUUGAUUGUAUUUUUGUACUGUUGAGUAGUUUACCAAAAUCUUUCAUCACAUGCAAUGUGAAUUAUUCAGUUUUUAUAUACCUAUUUUUCUCACAAAUUCAUGAUUAGUCAUUGCCUUUUGGGGAAUUGUCGUAUGUAAUUGAACGAUAACUACUUGCAGGUGUGCUUACACUGCUCUUGUUCACGAACAUGUCAGGAGUUCUAUAACGAGAAUCUGCGAUCUUUCCAUUGUUCGAAUAUUAAAAUUUAAUUAAAGUGUUUUCAUAAAUAAGUGUGUGGAUUGAAAUUGUUAUUCAAGUUGUCUUGUAAAGAAUAAACUAGUUAUAGAAAAGCAUUUGUGCAUAUGUGUGUGGCUGUUUUGUAUCAAUCUGUAAGAUGUUUAACAAGAAUUACUGAUGCACGGAACCGUCGUAUUUAUAAGCUAAGGUUCUUUAUAUAAUCGUUCCUAAACAUAUUUGCGAAUUUAAACAAUUACUCUUGAAUGUAUAGAGGUACUUAAAGAAAAACAACCAUAGAAAGGAACUAUUAACUGAUAUUAAAACCAUGCAAUUUUGACUGAAUAUGGCAAAUUCUUAUAUGAAACGCUGUUUAUUAAAAGACAAAACAGAUUUGAUUUUAUUGGAAUCGGAGGUUAUUGUAAUAUAGUAAUGGUAAAUCACCGUCAAUGUGUAUGCUCGUGCUAAUAUUGUAUACAUAACAAUUAAUAUUUAUUGUUGACCCUUCCUGUUCACGACAAUUCAAGAAUAAUGCAACAUGUUUCAAACUUUAUAUUUUGUAAAUGUCAUACAACUGUUGACCACGUUCUUUGUUAUUAAAGUUUAGAAAUGUU